GUAAACGCAUUUAUGGGUACCAGUGUAUGGAUUGUGGUAUUUUUAACAAUGAAUCAAUAUAUGGCUGUUUGUCAUCCGUUUCAUUAUCGUCACCUCAGGGCACGAAAAAAUUGUUUAUUAUUAGUAAUUAUAUCAUAUGUGAUGAAUUUUUGCAUCUAUGCUCCAUGGGCUGGAAAAAAAGUUCUCUAUGAGGUACCGGCUGGACUUGUACCAUGUCAAUUUGUUGUAUGCGAUCAUAAAAUUGAAAUGUGGUAUAGGAUAUAUGAAUGGUGUCGUGAAACAAUUAGCCGUUUACUGCCAUUUGUUUUGGUUGCUUAUUUUAAUUUGAAAAUUUUAAUUACAUAUCGAAAUACUAAAAAGGAACGCUUUCAACGACUUGCUUCAAAUCGUCAAAAAAUUUCAACAAAAAGUGAACAAGAAGAAAAGCGAUUAUUUACAUUGUUAUUUUCAAUAAUAAUAACAUUUUUCAUUUGUACAAUACCAGCUGCUCCACUUACAAUAUUCGUUUCUGAUAAACGAUCAUUCAAUGUACCAUUUCAGGUUGGUUAUUUCAAUUCAAAUUAA